GUAUAUAAGAGCUGGAUUACUCAUUGGCAAGUGGGGGAAAAAUACUCCAGUGGAUGCAAGCUUGGAAUUGUUCAUGAAGCUUUCUUACCAUUUAGAGACAUUCUCUGAUAUUGCUGACACUGAAACAUUAAAGAAAAUUUAAAAAGCAAUGUGCCUCCUGAAGCUUCCAGUAGUUCUCAUCGUACUCUCCAUUGCAUUAAACGACCUGAAAGCUACUCCCAUCAAAAGUCACCAGAUGGAAAAGCGGAAAUGCAACACUGCCACGUGUGUGACUCAACGCCUGGCAAAUUUCUUAGUUCGUUCCAGCAACAAUCUUGGUGCCAUUCUCUUGCCAACUGAUGUGGGAUCCAAUACAUAUGGCAAGAGGAACACAGCUGAGAUUUUAAACAGGGGGCCAAUGAAUUACUUACCGCUUUAG